AUGAUUGACGCAAGACUUUUAUGGCAUAUCGAAACCCUUACCUCAAUUCUCGACGAGCUAAAGGAGGAGAACCUGGGCAGCGUAAAGUCAUCCCAUCCAACACCACCCAAGAGAUAA